GGAGACACUUCUAGUGGGUAAUUUCUAAUUUCCACUCUCCCCCACCACGAGUGUGCGGGUCUCCUCCUCCUCACCCUCCAUCUUCUGCUGCCAGAACCAUACAUAAGCAGUCAGCCGUCUUGUGUUGGAAGUGGGAUCUAGCUAUAAGCCUGAUCUACCGCACUACCUGCUGCAUCAAAUCUCUCCCUGCUCCUGACUCGCCCUCUGCUCAGGCCUUGUAUAUAUAUAAUUUGACCAGAGCGUUUAGUUCUGGAGAGCAAGUCGUGCCGAGAAAGCCACCCCAUCAAGGGUUUCGUCUUUAAUUUGAAGUGAAGGGGAUGGCUGAGGCAGUCUUGGAGGGUAGCCAGCCUGUGGACCUUGCCAAACAUCCCUCCGGCAUCAUUCCUACGCUGCAGAAUAUUGUCUCAACUGUUAAUAUGGAUUGUCGCUUGGAUUUAAAGAAAAUUGCCUUACAGGCCCGAAAUGCUGAAUAUAACCCUAAGCGUUUUGCAGCUGUUAUUAUGCGAAUAAGGGAGCCAAAAACGACUGCCCUCAUUUUUGCAUCUGGUAAAAUGGUGUGCACGGGUGCCAAGAGUGAGCAACAGUCAAAGUUGGCUGCAAGAAAGUAUGCUCGCAUCAUUCAAAAGCUUGGCUUUCAAGCUCAUUUCAAGGACUUCAAAAUUCAGAAUAUUGUUGGAUCAUGUGACGUGAAGUUCCCUAUCCGGCUCGAGGGUUUAGCAUAUGCCCAUGGUCAUUUUUCAAGUUAUGAACCAGAGUUGUUCCCAGGGUUGAUAUAUAGAAUGAAGCAGCCCAAGAUUGUAUUGCUUAUCUUCGUGUCUGGAAAGAUUGUCCUUACUGGUGCUAAGGUAAGGGAUGAGAUUUACGAGGCCUUCGAGAAUAUUUAUCCUGUGUUGACAGAGUUUAGGAAGAUCCAGCAGUGGUACGUCCCUUCUCUGCCUUACAUCAUUUCUUGAAUUCUACAUGUCUUGUACCAUAAGUUGUAGCAAAAUCAGUCGCUGACCUGACUUUCCGGAUAUUUCUUUUGAGCGGAGUGCCAAUUACGUAGAUUGUAUAUCAAUAGAUUAAAUUGGUAUGAAGUCAAAUAAGCUGAAAAUCUGAGGUUAUGGUUUGGUAAAGAUCAAGAGGACUGCACUGAUGGUUGGAGUGACUUCGUGCGACACAAAUACACAAGUCUUUUUCUCGAGAAUUUUCUUAUACUCACUUACACUCUCAAAAGCAAGCAUCUUGUGGCAGCUUCGGUUUGCCUGUCCUGGUGCAUCAUUGGCGUGGUUUCUUCCUGUCUUCACAAGGAACGAUGGCAAAAGAAAGAGAGUAGGUUGUAGAUUUUCUUAUUUGCACCAAAAUACUCAAUGGAGUUGCAAGGACUGCUCAGAUCUCCAUUUUUUAAGUCGGUUCCUAUGGGAUGCAUGAUUCUGUAGAUUUGUCGCAUGUUGGCUUCCAUCAAGGCCUCCUUUUGCGGCAGAAUGUUUAUGUACCUAUAAUUCUUGGAUGACUCUAGUCACGAGGCGCAUUGGGCUACAGUCCACCUUUGGAGGAAGAGCACAUGUGCUCUGUAGAUUACUGCAGAUGACAUUUUCAUGAGAGACUUCAAAAAAAGUAGACAUUAUUUCCAAGGUUUGAGCGAAUGAAAGCCGCCAGAGUUCUAAUUCCGAUGUACCAUUCUUCAUACUAAUUAUCAACGUUUUCAAAAUCACUUUUCUUGACCAA